CCAGAUUAGCCUGGCAGUGAGACGCGAUAGACAAUUCGAAAAUUAGUCUGAAGAAGGUCAGUUGUAUUAAAUCGUCGCUCCGUUCGUAUCUGUUGAGGAUACAAACCCAGAAGUGCUCUAAAAUCUACUCUUUGGAAAUUCAUCAAGUGUCACCGAUUCGCGAAGAGAAGAGAUCGAACAGCGGUAAGAAGCGAAGCAUCGAAGAAGAAAAGUCCAGUGCACCUGUCACGAUCGAGAAAUGGCGAUCCCGUUCGCUUUACCGUCCGACGACGAGGCGGAAGCCCAGGGACAACAGCUGGAGCAACUGAUGCUCGACCUUUACGCAGCUCUGCAACAGGUCCUUCGAAGCAGGACGGUUCAACAUCCGUCCCGAAAUCAUCGGAUACCACGGCGAGCAGCCGACGGUUUUGGAUCCCGAGAACACCCGGUGGUCUUGGUGGACUCUGACCUGUCCCGAUUACCGUUGCCAGAUUUGGUAUUGUCCGCCGUGGAGCAACUUCCGGCCGCGACGCCUCAGGUGACCGUGUCGGCGCCAAGCAGCCCUACCAGGGACGCGGCUUUUCAGUUUCCGGAAUGCAGCGGUGACGAGAACGUGCUGGCACCGACGCCUAACCCUAGGCCACGGCCACGAAGACGCAGGCUCGCGUCCGAGUGCGGUGGCGCCGCUGCCAUGAAGAAAGGACCCGCAGAACCUACCUGCAACAACUGCUGCGGCCACUUCGGUCAGGCAUUCAACGAGAGCCAGUGGGCGAACGUGGGUGCCAACCUGAGGAACAUUGCCGACGACUUCCACGCGUCCAAGACCAAGGCGGCCGAGAUCGAAAAGUCCAGACUGCCCGCGAUGAACCCGGGCUUCGCGAACUCCGGCAACGCGACCGGUUCCACGGACAGCCUCCUGUCUCUGUUGAUCCCAGCACCACUCCGGGAGACCCUGUGGACGACGGUGGCCCUGUACCUUGGUUGGAGAUUGGUAUCUCGUCUUCGAUAGAUGCGACAGUAUCGUCCCGUUGCCGCGGCACUCGGCGACGGCGAUGGCUCGAGGACUCGAAGAACUAUCAUCGACGCUUGGAACGGCACCAGAGGCGACCAGGACGACGAGCUGUCCACUGGUGAACCGGCAACUGGUCCUUCCAGCUCGUCGGGGAUUCCUCUUCAGGGUAGCCACUCUUCUGGAGGUUCUUCCAAGAUCGAUGCCACGGCUAGAAGAAUUGCGAGCAGGACGAACGUACGGACACCAAGGUUCGAUGGUACGAAUGUCGGCGGACCAGAAAGGAGGGAUGACUCCUGGUGGACGUCCUGCGGCAACAUCCAACACGAUCUACGUUACGAUAUAUUUUCUAUGUAUACCUGUGUUUCGCCGACGAUCGAGAAUGCACGUGUGCUGUUUCAUCGCCUUUGGCCCUUCCUCGAUUUGUAUCCUUAUGUUAGGAACGAAGAACGGGAGGAACAGGACGAGGGAUUCGAGGAAGGUGACAAGGACGAGGAUGAUAUUGUAGAUAACGGGAUGAACGACGACGACGACGACGACGACGACGAGGAUGGAACUCUUCGAUCUGUUGCUUGUCGAAGAGUCAGAGUUACCUGAAUUACCAUUUCGAUGAUGUCUCUCGCGUUAGUACUUUGACGAUUGAUUGUAUACCAUGAAGAGAGAGCCAAGUGAUUCUGGCUCGACGACGAGCAAAAUGUUCGUGGAUCAUUGGCAACGAUAUCUGUCUAGCUGAUAUUCCUCGUUCGAGUCAAACUCUUCAUGAUCGUCAGGCGGAUCGAUUCGCUGGAAGAUCGAUCAACUGGAGACACGUGUUUCAGGUGCAUUCUCGCUCGUUUAGGCGAGACAUGGUCACGUUAAUGAACAGAGAGACCUGUUCGUUGGACCGUGUGCUCGAUCGUCCGCCUUCAGGUGUCACAGUUGAACACGUCAGGUAAGAGAAAUAUGAUGUUUCUCGUUUUAGAGUUGUUUCUUUCGAAGAAGGUGACGAUCGUGACACGGGUGUCUUGGUGAGGGUUACGGGGAGCUAAGGACGAGAUCCAAAGAGGACAACCCAAUAAUCAAAUGAUGAUCUCAUUACGGAUAUAAAAUAAAGAGAAUUAAAUAAAGUAGUGUGAUUACGGGAACGGGGCAGGUAGGGAAGACGCGCGAUUUUUUCUUUCACGGUUAUUCGUCUGUUUCUCUCUCGCUCACUUCUCUAUGUGUGUCUCUAUAUUUUAUUCGUAAGACAACCGAUUUGUCCCGUUCCCGUCGGUAGGAAGUUAUUUUGACGUGGCUUGUAGAUAACGCGGUUACCUAGCCGAUCCAGGCAAGGCAGAACUCAAUCUGGGAUAUAAUGACACCGGGUCAUGACGUCUCGCAAACGAUCGAAGAUCCUUCAACUUUUCAUCGCCUAGACAAAUUAAUCGGAAGUCGUAGAAAUUUGAAAGAAAAAAAAAAAAAAAAAAAAUUCCACAAUUUUCGACGUUUAGAUAAAUCGGCAAAUGAAAAUCGGAUCGGAUAUUCGAGAAUUGUCAGACGUUUAUGGCGAUGGUCGAAUCAUCUGUACAUAGAAAGUAUCUCGAGGAAAGUCUCGGUAUAUUCCAAAAACAAAAAACAAAAAAAUGAGAAAAAUGUAAGAAGCAAGAAUGCGAGCCAGGUAGGGAAACGGGCGAGGACACACGUAACGUGAGAGGGGAGCAAAGUACUGUAUUGUAUAGAGGAUUUAAACUAAAAUAAUAAAAUUCAGUAAUAAGUCGACGUUUUUAAUAAUUAAAGUAGAUAAUCGAUAGACCGAGGAUCGCAGCAUCUUAAUUGGCUAGCUGCGAGUCCCGUGUACAGUUUUCAAAUGAUCUCCGGUAGCUUAGCUCUUAGUGGGCGCCCUCCUCCACGAAGGACGCCUUUUUUGGCACUCUGGAAUCAAGGGCUUUCACCCUUCGCUCUGACGCGCCACUUUCUCUCUUUCUCUAUUUCUAAUUUCUUUAUUUUCCAUCUUCCGUCUAUCUUUUCUUUUCUUCUUGUCCAUUAACUUUGGUCUCACCGUUUCUUACUUUCGAUUUCUAUCUUUUUUUCUCUUCUUUCCUUUCUGUUUCGUUACACGUCGAUCCUUGCGAUUUCGCGUAAUUAAUUAAUUGAUCUCGUUCAUUAGCGUGUAUUUAGGUCUCGCUGUUUGCGUUCCCGAUAAUCGGGCGGUUUCUCGUCCCAGCGAGAACAUUCAUAGAUGUUCGGAGAGGAAUUUAUAAUUAAAGGAUAGUUAGUGUCCCUGUUCGGGAUCAUUCGGGGUUUCAUCCUCGAGGUUUCGGACGGGAUGAAACCAAAAUCAUCAUAAGGCUGUCGAUACGAUAGUGUAUUCCCGUGGACUGUUCUGUCUGUCUGUCUAUCUAUCUCUGUCUCCCGAGUAAAGACUUCGCUUUAUUUUAUGAUUAUAUAUUUUUUUUUUUUUUCAUUACCAAUAUUUUUUCUCAUUACAAUCAUUAUGAUUAAUUAUUAAUUAUUAUUAUUAAUAUUAUUACUUUUUAUUAUUGUUUGUCUGCCUUUUUCUCUUCCACCUUAAAUUAACAGAUAAGCAUUCGUGACGUUACUCCGUCAAAGUAUUCCAGUGUGUAGAAAGUAAUAGUAUUUAUUUAUAGGUAAAAAAAAAAAAAAAAUCGCGUAUUCGUCUGUGUCUAGAGCCGCGCGAAUUUAUGCAUAGAAAUAUCGUAUUGCCAUUCGUCCUAACGAAACACGCACGAAAGGUAUCGUUAAGAUGAAGAACAAAAAAGG